AUGGCGAGAACAUACUCUCUCUAUACCCUUCGUAUUAUUUUGGUAUUAACAUUUGGAAGUUUCACCUACGGGUACGGAUUCUCUGUCAUCUCCAACACCCUGGGCCAGCCAGGAUUCCUCUCAUACUUCAAUCUGGGCCAGAAUCCCUCUCGGGCCAAUGCCAUCACCGGAACGGUCAAUGGCCUCUUCUUUGCCGGGGCUAUGCUGGGGGCCCUCGCGGCUGGGUGGAUGUGUGAAGCCAGAGGUCGCAAGAAGACCAUGUAUCUGUCAUCCGUGGUCACCGUUCUCGGUGCAGCAUUAGAAGCGGGGUCGGUUAAGCUUGGUAUGUUUCUAGCGGCACGAUUCAUUGCGGGUGCUGGAAUCGGCAUGAUGGUUGUUCUUAUCCCGAUCCUUCAAGCAGAGAUUUCGCCCCCAGCAGCUCGAGGAUUUUUGGUCGGACAACAUGGCACUUGGAUCGUUCUGGGGUAUGCAAUUGCCGGCUGGGUGGGAGUUGGAACUUAUUAUUCUUCCAAUCUCUCGUUUCAGUGGCGUUUCCCAAUUGCUUUGAAUUGUCUUCCACCUCUAUGUCUGCUGUUAUGCAGUCCGUGGAUUCCAGAAUCUCCACGAUGGCUACUCACAAAAGAUCGGAAAGACGAGGCUUGGGCCAUCACCUCAAGACUCUAUGGCGAUGACACUAGCGCGAAUAGUGACAGUCGUGCGGCUACGGAAUUCCUUCAGAUGGUCGAACAAGUUCAAGCAGAUGCUGCCGCAUGGUCUGCAGGAGGCAAUCGUCAGCUCUUCACGAAGCCUUCCUAUCGCAAACGCAUGUGGAUGGGUUUCUUCAUUCAAUUCGCAUCUCAAUCUACUGGGGCGAAUGUAAUCUACGUUUAUAUUGUGUCGCUCUACCAGAAUCUUGGAUUGACAGGCGGCAUUCCGUUGAUUCUCGGCGCCUCGUAUGUCACCGUCGCAACUCUUGCCAACCUCGGAGGGGCGUUGCUUCUGGACAAGGUCGGCCGCAAACCUCUUCUGAUAACUGGGUUGGUCGGUUGUAUGGUGUCUGUCUGCCUCGAAACGGCAAUGAUCGCAAGCUUCGCAGGAACUACAAACCAUGCUGGCCUCGCUAUGGGCGUGGUCUUCUCGUUCUGUUUCAUUACCUUCUACGGAGCGGGAAUUGAUGUCGUUGGCUAUCCAAUGACGCUGAUGGUGAAUCUACUACCAGGUGAAAUCUUCCCAACCCACAUCCGCUCUCAGGGCGUCGCCUGGUCCUUGUUUGGAACGUUCAUCUCGGUCCUGGUUUAUGUUGAGGCUGCUCCCACCGCACUGGCGAGCAUUACGUGGAAGUACUACAUUAUCUUUAUCUGCUUGACCAUUUGCAAUAUCUUGAUCCUCUAUUUCUGGUGCCCUGAGACCAAGGGACUAUCCCUCGAGGAGAUUAACGCAAAAUUCGGGGACGAGGUUGCGGUUCAGUUGGGAGAUGCCGCUGCCAUCGCCGGCGCAGACGUCGAAAGCCUGAAAUUGAAGAAUGUUAUUGGGCACGCAGAGCGUACUUCCCCUGAGACGGAGUCCGAGAACAACUGA